CGAGUUAAAAUUUCACCACGGGCCUGCCGACAAAUAUUUCCAUGAGGAUUUCCUACAGAAAAGUGAACACAUUGGAGAAGGCGGUUAUGUUGUCUGGUAUAUAGCGUUAUUGCCUGCUAGCAACAUGGGUGGCUAUCUAUUUCCUUACAUUUAGAGGGACAUUACUAAUGGCAAAGAUUGCCUAUAUACUGACGCCUACAACCAUUUUCACAUUGUUGAUUGUUAUGAUUUACGGAUAUGCUGCAGUACCAAACGCUUCUACAGCCGCAAGCCGACUUCUGUCCAGUCGUGGUGAAAAAUUAGAAUACACGCCUUCCCAGUACUUCUUUCUAAAUAAUGAAGUCAACUACAAGCUCGGGCAUCCUGGUCCAUGGAUAGAUGCACUAAAGUUACACAUCAACAGCAUUGGAUUAUGGUCGGGAGUUCUCCCAACGCUUGGCACCCUCGUCUUUAAUAGGAAAUAUGUAGUCAAUGCGUCAUGGAUACUGCUUCUUCUGGUAUACAGUGUGUUGCCACAGAUUGCUCUGUUUGCGUUGGCCCCAUAUAUUGACCCAAGCGAUAGCGGAGGCUUCAUAGCGUCGUCAAAAGGCAUAAAACCAGGCUUGCCGUUCUUGUUUAUUGCGAUACCAACAACAUUUGAACGAAUGCAGUUGUCUCCCGUGAUUGGAUUCUUUCUCUUUAUUUGCAUAUUUUUGUUUGGACUUCAUCACCAGGCUAUUCACUUGAUUGCGAUAUGGGAGAAUCUACUUCCUUCAACUCCAAAGUUUAUCAUGUCUUAUUUCCGCAGACGAGAAAUUCUCGUGGCUGCCGCGUGCGGUGUGUCAUUUCUUUUGUCUAUCUUGUACGCGAUACAAGGUGGCAUCUAUUUAUAUGCCAUUGUUAAUGACUACGUAGAUCGAUUGAUCUUCACGGUAAUCAUUAUUUCAUCGGUGCCAUUUAUCGUUGGAUACAUAAAACAGGAAGUUCUGUACAUCCCAAUUGAGAGAGCUUUUAUGAGCCUUUGGUACGGCCUUGCUACUCUUAUUUCAUCAGUUUUAUUGGUUUUCUACUUUGCUGUAUAUGUUUACCCACGCCCAGUUGUGGGCGUUGAACAGAGAUGGGCGGAGUCAUUAGGCUGGGUAAUUGCUGUUGCGCCAAUAACACUCUGUCUCAUUCUCGGUGCUGCCCAUGCUGUCAACAAACAGAAAGGCACAAUGAGACAGCGAUUCAUUAAGUCGCUGCGGUCAGAAUCGUUUAAUGCUGCCGAGUCCAGUAAUGAGUACACUUCCGCUGAAACUGGCGACACAAUGUUGCAAAAUACACACGCAGCGGAGGAACCAGUCCAGGGGAAAUCGGAAGAGGAACCAGCAUUUGAAAAAACGGAAACGGAAGUGUUUAUUCAACCAACAGAAGAAGUUGAUCCAGUUAACGUUUGAACCCUUAUCUUGCUGUCUUUGGGUAUUGAACUUCACUGUUUUGGAUUUGGAACAAAGUUUAAUGAUAUUCAUUAUCAAAGUACCUUUAUUUUGCUGUCAACAAAAUAGAGCCUGUUAAUGAGUUAGUACUGGAGGCAACGGCUUAUAAUUUUCAGUUCCAGCACGGUGUGGAUUGAUGCAUGAGAAAUUUAAGAACAUAAUUAUGUAUUAAAUGGUUUUGUGUGUAAAAUUCUGUUUCGACAGAUGUGAAAUUGAUUAAGAUUUAUCUAAAAACAAAUCUGUGUAUAUUAAUCAUUAGCCAUGGAAGCUGUUCCAAGUUAAGCCGAGGGUGAUGCUGAUGUGUAAAAAUAUUCAUUACGUGUUUUCAUGUUGUUAUUUUAUUAACCUGACAGAAUAAGUUGUUUGUUUUAUUUUAGCUCAUAACAAUUAUUGAAAUGUUUGCUAAAGAUUUCAGAAAAGUUUAGUUGUACAUUGUAUAUGUAUUAUGAUAUAAAUUAUCAUUUGUACGUUUGGGUAUUAUGUUUCUUGUUAAAUUGAUAAUCUUUGUUGAUUUAUAAAUCAGUUCAUGUUUCUUUCUUGAUCGACUAGUGCAUGUGACAGCGUUAGCCUGGUCCGCCCGCUAAGUUUAAUAAGGAGAGCGCCGGAUUUUGUUAUCAUGGGGAUACUAGUUCGAUCCACAGCCGGGCUGUUUGUGUGACAAUUUAGCCUAAUUGUCAUUUAUCUUUCGGCUCUGAUUCAGAAAAUCACGGGGGAUUAGAAGUCGGUCACUUCCGGAGAAAUUGCUAAUUACUGCUUAGUUUACUGGGAAAGUCGGGUAGGUGGAUAUGA